AUUUUCUCUCGGUCCGUUUAAGUGAUAGAGCCAUGGAUACCCGUAAGGAAAGCAAGGUAAGAAGACAACCCAUGAAACCCAAAACGACGAAGCCAAAGGAGAAGAAAUACAAAUCUGGUAGGUUUACUAGACGGAAAUCGCUUCGAUCUUUUGGGAAUUUCAUGGGAAGGAUCCUUAAAACUUUGGGCACUUUAGCGCACUUUGGCGACGCGGAACAGCAGGACGCAGAAGACGACGACGGCGGUUUCGGGCAAAGCGCGUCGGGUGGUUUUAAAGAUAACUGUUCGCAGAUCUCCAGGGAAGGAACCGUAAAGAAGAGCUCCACGGUUUCGUCCAUUCACGGCUCGGUGAAAGACAGGCUGUCGUGGUGCUACGGCGACAAGACCCCGGGAGUGCUGGGACUGAAGAACCACGGCAACACCUGUUUCAUGAACGCCGUGGUUCAGUGCCUCAGCAACACGGACCUGCUCGCCGAAUACCUCGGGUUGGAGCAGUAUAAGUCGGAUAUUUGCCUCCAGAGGGUUAACGGGGAGGUGAGAGGAGCGGAGUCGCAGACCGCCAGGGGAGAGGUGACAGAGCAGCUGGCGUCGCUGGUUCGAGCGCUUUGGACACUGGAGUACACGCCGCAGCUGUCUGUGGAGUUCAAGAGCAUUGUGGCCAAAUAUGCAUCUCAGUUUCGUGGAAACUCUCAGCAUGAUGCCCUCGAGUUCCUCCUCUGGCUUUUAGAUAGAGUUCAUGAAGAUGCCAAUUCCAGCCCUGACAACAACAACAGCAGCACCCAGACCAAAGCCAAUGCCAAGGGGGCAAGUCCAUUGGAUCAUGCUUCCAGUCCCAGUGUAGCCAGCAUACAGCAACCUCGAGGGCGAAACAGUUUUGUCCACGAACACUUCCAGGCUCAGUACAGGUCUUCUCUGACGUGCCCCCAUUGCCUUAAGCAGAGCAACACCUUUGAUCCAUUUUUAUGCAUCUCUCUGCCUAUUCCUCUACGACAAACCAGGCCAAUGUGUGUGACGUUGGUGUUCAACACAAAGGGUCAGAGGCAUCUGCGAGUGGGGCUGGCUGUACCGCUGUUUGGCUCCCUGUCCAGUCUGAGAGCUUUGGUAGCAGCGGAGGGCAACAUCUCUCCUGACCAGGUCAUCCUGGUGGAGUUGUAUUCCACGGGGUUCCAGCGUUCCUUCUCAGAUGAAGACGACCUGACUGCAAUUGCUGAUAGCGAUGUUGUCUAUGCCUUCCAGGCUCCUUCACUCUCCAGUCGUGGAGGCUCCGCACAACACUCAGGGUAUCACCACAGCCUCCCUUCCUCCCCCUACGCCUUCACGGCUGGACCUGAUGGUCAGAGGUUACCUCCAUCUGGCACCCUCUCCUCUGAGUAUCUGAACCAGGGUAACUCCAAGGUCCUCCUCCUCAUCUGCAACACAGCAGGAUCUGGCUCACAAGCUGUCAGGUUUGGGCCUCCAUUUCUUAUACUUGAGGACAGGAGUAUCUCCUGGGACCAGCUGCAUCAGAGCAUCCUCAGUAAGCUCUAUUAUCUGAUGCUGAAUGGAUCUCAGGCUCAGAAUGCUGGAGCGUUGUUUAAGAUCAGAGUGGUGGGAGGAUCGGCAGCCUACAGCUACCUGUCCCCACAGGACAGCAGGCCACUGUACCACCCUGCUGUUGACAGAGCUCUGAAGUUCUGCGGCCCAGGAGGACCCCCCCAUGUGAAGCUUGUUAUCGAAUGGGAGCCAAGCACCAAAGAAUGUUUAUUUGGCAGCAUCCAGGAGGAAGUAGUGAAAGAUGCAGAGAGCGUGAGGAACCAGCAGCAGCAGCACCUUCAGCAGCAUAGCUGUACCUUGGAUGAGUGCUUUAAGCUGUACACCAAAGAAGAACAGCUUGCACCAGAUGAUGCCUGGAAGUGCCCCCACUGUAAGCAGCUUCAACAGGGUAUGGUGAAGAUGAGCCUGUGGACUCUGCCAGACAUACUGAUCCUCCAUCUCAAGCGCUUCCGUCAGGUUGGAGAACGAAGGAACAAGCUGUCAACACUCGUGCGUUUCCCUCUAACUGGUCUGGACAUGGCACCGCAUGUAGUGAAGCGAAGCCAGAGCAUGAAGAACCUGAAUAUGGGGCCAUCACCACCUUCCUGGAAACAGCACUCAGGCCAACCACACCAAGCUGCUGACAUGAUGCUUCCUCAUGAAUUCCUGUAUGAUCUUUAUGCUGUGUGUAACCAUCACGGAGGAAUGCAUGGAGGACAUUAUACUGCUUACUGUAGGAAUUCAGUGGAUGGUCAGUGGUAUAGCUACGACGACAGCAGCGUAGACCUGGUGCAAGAUGAGGAAGUGUGCACAAGGGGUGCUUACAUCCUUUUCUACCAGAGGCGAAACACCAUUCCCCCAUGGUCAGCCAGCAGCUCCAUCAGAGGCUCCACAAGUUCAUCAGUGUCAGACCACUGGCUAAUCAGGCUGACGGGGGACAGUAAGAGAGGCAGUCUGGUGUCUCAUGCAUCCACCACCUGUCCAUCUUCCUUACCUGACUCUCCAGAGUCUCCAGUCUUCCUGGACAAUGGCUUCAAAGAUGAAAGAGGUGGAUUUGAGAAGAGGCCAUUUGUCAGAGGUCUUCAGGGGCGCAGCAUGAGCCUGAGAGCCCCCAGCAAAAACAAGGAUACCUUGAGCAGAGUGCUUCCAAUGCGCUGGUCCUUUGGUUCCAAGGACAGACGAAAACCUGACCCAGUCCCUCCCCCUGAACCUGAUCCAGCCCCUGUAGAACUAGUACAGUACUUGGAAUCUGGUCGGCGUCCCCGGUGCACAAAGGAUCCGAUAGCGACAUUAAUGAAUGAACCACGCAGCACAAAGGAAGCUGCAAAGAGCCGUGUUGCAGCCAAUGUUCGUUCGUCUAGCGUUGGAAGUAUAAGUUGUGUGGGUAAGACGGGGGAGGAGCCGCCAUUUCUAAAGGUCCCAGAGGGCCAGAAGUGGCCAUCAGAUAAAGCAGCUAGUCUGAGACGUAGCAAGGGGAGCCAGGCUAAGGAUGAGAGCACUGUGAAUAUCAGGAGCAGCUCCAGCACUAACACUCUAACAAGGAGGAAGGAUGGAAGAAAACAGAGCUCCUCCAAAUCUUCACAGGAUACUGAGACAAAACGGAGAUCCAGUACUGGAGUUCAGCCCAGCUACAGCACACCCAGUCUCCAAGAUGGAACUCUGAGAAGACAAAAGGGAGACAGGGCUGAUAGGGAACGCCACAGCACACAAGAAGAAAACUCUAAGAACAAGAAAGCAGACGUGCCUAAGAGCCAUGACGGAAUACUGUCCUUUUUUAAAGGUAGCUUCCUGAAGAAGGAUAAAGAUUCAAGGAAACCCACGGAGGAUGAGUCAGGGAGAGCAGUAGUUGAAGAAGAAAGCAGAAGGACCUUGUCGAGGCCAUCUCUGUCCAAUGGAGCAGCAGGAGGCCGAACCGGAGAAGAAAGAGGCAAGUCCAAAAGCUCAGGCCAUGUGGUUAAUGAGCAGGUAAACGGUAAGGUGGGGCGCAAAGCAACUGAAAUCAAACGCUCCCAGAGCUCCACCAACAUCCCAACAAAAGCAGAGCAGAGUGUGCGUAGGACAGCAUCUUUGCACCGUAAUGGGAUGUCAACAACGCCAGCAUCAUCACGCAGUCUGACAAGCGACAAACCAUCUCACGGCACCUUGCAGAGGACUCGUUACAGCACAACCUCACUGGGGCGCAAAAAGACAGUCCCCGAGUCCAGCUUCUAACACAGAGACACAUAAAGCCUUUUUCCUGAAAGAAAGUGAAGGACAUGAAAUCUCCAAGAUCAAAGCAAUAGUGCUCCAUUCACAGUAAUACGCCUUUUUUGUUCCUGGAAAAUUAACAGAGUCAAGUAGUUUGCUCCAUGUAAGACAUAGAAUAAAUGAAAGGUCCUCUAAUGCUCAAGAGGACAUUAAUGAGCAAAAUUAGGUGAUAUGACCUGUCCAUUAAAUAUGACAGAGAGUCCUUCUCCAUUCUAUUUCUACGACCCAAAUAAGUGCCUGAUCAGCCGAUAUGCAGUUUAGACCAAUUGGUUUGUGUCAGUUUAGAACUGAAAGCACGCAGCAGCACACCUACGAACAUACUGUACGAAUAUGUGUCUUAUUAAUGUAAUGUGAGC